UAAAAUCUGUCAAUCUGGGCAGGAAGGAGGAGGAGAGUGGAGAUCAAGUAAGAAAUAACCAGCAGGCCAGUCACAGCCUCUGCCGGGAGAGGGGAGACUUUCUACCAGCUGCCUUGUCCUGUCGCAGCCAUGUGGGUCCCGGGGCUGGGGCUGUCCCUCUGUGUGACAGGGAUCCUCCAGCUGCUCUCAGCGACAGGCAGCAUCUUCUUGGCCUCUGCCCUGCAGCUGACCAGUGACGGCAAGACCUUCUGGAGGGUGGAGGAGGAGAUGAGCUGGUACGAGGCCCUGGACUACUGCCGGUGGCACCACACAGACCUGGCCGACCUGCAGAGCACGAGCGGCUGGAGCAGCCUCGCGGCCCUCUACGCCCUCAUUAGCAGCACCGCGGCCUGGGUUGGGCUCUUCUUUGACGGGCACGUGGGUGGCCUGAGAUGGUCCAGCGGCUCCACCUUCAGCGACCCAGAGUGGGGCUCCCUGCCGAUCUUCGAGGACGGCCUCUGUGCCACUCUGUACUCGAUAACCGAUGUCCCCAGCCUGGGGGCCGCCUCGUGCACAGCUCCGAAGCCCUUCAUCUGCUACUACGAUCCCACCGUCGAGUCCCGCACCUUCCUGGGGCCGGCUCUCAGCCUGACCACCUUUCCGAAACCAGCUGAGGUCCGCAUUGGUGGGCUGAUCUUCAAGCGAUUUGACCAAGAAAGGGACUGGCUGUCGGCCUUGAGGUUCUGCCGCACACACUACACAGACCUGGCCGACCUGCAGACGGUGACUGACGAGAUGGGCAAGGAGGCCUUGAAAUCCAUCACGACUAAGGUUGAGGCCUGGAUCGGCCUCUACAUUGACAAGGCCUCCGGGUCUCUGAGAUGGUCCAGCGACUUGGGACCCAACAGCAUCCCCGCCUGGCUGCAGGUGCCCCAGUUCGGGGCAGGACUGUGUGCAGGGCUCCGCAGCUACUGGAGUUUUUCCCCCAGAGUUUCUGCGGUGAUCUGCUCCUCCCUGAAACCCUUCAUCUGCUUUGACGACCCCGCCAUCGGACACCGGGAGUCAGCUGAGCUCCCUCAGCUCUUCUACACGCCCUUUGCAGAAGCGGCCGCGGGGACGGCAUCCAGGCCAACUGUGACCAGUGAAAGCAGUGACACCGAUGGGAGAGAGACAGCUACUGCCACUCAGGCCCAGCACUGGAGCUCAUCUGAUCACCCAGAUUCUAAAGAAAAAACGCCAGCGCCACAACCAGGGCAACUCUUUGGCAUCCUGAAAGCAGAUUUUAUCAUCCCAAUUCUGAUGGACCCAGAAGACAUGAAAGAUCAAUUUUUGAGUGAGAUCCAAGAAGCCUUGAAGCUUACACUGGGUCAUGAGCAAUUCAGAUUGAAAUGGGUCGGCUUUGAAGUGAACAAAAAAUAGCACGAGUCUGCUGAUCUGGGGUGCCCUCACACAGGACAGUAUGUUCGUGCUAGCUCUUUGACCUACGUCUCAGUAGUUUUCACCUGCAAUUUGGGAAACUGUAAGACAGUUUUUAAUAUU